ACGACGCAUCGGAUCGAAGACCAAUUUCUCAGAUUCCUUUUUUCUUUCACAAAUUUCUAUGUAAAUAAGGAAGAGAUGGUAUCAUUCGCCAAAUACAGCUUGGUGCCCACAGAGGAACCGAAGGAAAAUGUUGCCCCGCCUCCCCCACCCCAGAGCUCAGGGGCCUUCGACUACAACUCGGCAUUCAGUUACAAAUCAGCGUUUGACUACGGUAGCAAAACCACCAACAAGGGCAAGAAGGAUCGGUUCAAGGACUGGAGCCUGAUGACCUGCCUGGCAUCAGUCGUCACUGGCCUGAGCUACUUCUUCAUCUGCAUCACCUUCCCUGUCACCCUCUGGUUCUGCUUCAAGAAGAUUGCACAAUGGGAGCGGCUCAUUGUGUUUCGUUUGGGGAGGCUGCGUGGUGCUCUUGGCCCUGGCAUUGUGUUCAUCAUCCCCUGGCUGGACCGGCACAAUCGCGUUGACAUGAGGACCAAGGCUUUCUCAGUGCCUCCACAACAGCUCAUCACAUCGGAUAACGGAAUCAUAGAAAUGGGCUGCGAAGUUAAAUACAGGAUCAGUGAUGUCCAGCGGCUCACCACCUCAGUCACUUCUCCUGAGCAUGGCCUGCGCUCCUUUGGCAAGACAGUGAUGCUCAACGUGCUCACCAAACACACUGUGAGAGAGACAGAGAGAGACCGGCCAAUCAUUGCAUCGCAAAUCCAGAAGGAGCUCAACCUAAGAGUGUUGGAAUGGGGAAUCGAAAUUGGUGAUGUGUCACUGAGUAACGUAAACAUCCUAAAGGAGGCUGAACCCCACAACCCUCUGAAGCCCCUCAUGAACUGCUUCGGGGGCAAGGGGGGUGAGAUCGUGGCUCCUCCUGGAGCAACAGCCGCAGCCGCCUCUUCAAUACUGAACAUGCCAGGUUUCCCGGGCAUGGGAGACUUCUCCUUUGUCAACACCGGGCCCUCCAAGAAGAAAUCAGAGGCAAUCGUCACAGAGGAUGAACCAUACAUGGGUCGUAUCCAGCAGUACUUGACAGAUCUUCUGGGUUUCUCUGACGAGAUUAGUGAGCCGCCAAAGCAACCAAAUAUACAAGUGACGAGCAGCCGAUCACCAGACACCAAACUGGGCAAAUACCUCCAGGGCCUGAUCUCUGGGCCCAGUGGCAAUGACCUCACCCACGGUAUUUACAGGCUACAGAUCGAGGGCAAAGAAGGUGGGGUCUUCAUUAUCUUCAUAGGCAAUGGAGUGCGUCAGGUGGUGGAGGGUGACUUGCCUAAGGUAACUCCAGAUGUAGCAGUGGUUAUCAGCAAGGAGGACCUGAUGGCCAUCUUUGAGGGCACCCUGGCCCCCUUGCAAGCCUACCUCUCGGGCCACUUGACUGUCCAGGGCAACAUCCAGAUGCUGAUGGGCCUUGAGACACUGAGACAGACCACCAAAGACAAAGACAAAGAGGACAUCUUCGUGGUCUGAUGUUAAAUGAAACGGUGGCACUUCCUUUCCUCCUGUCUGUAGAGAGGGGUGUCAUGGAGUUGGUGGAGGUAGAUUUUUGUUUUGUAUUUGUUUUGUGGUUUUAAAGUCAGAAUUGCAAGUGUGGAUAGGUUUCCACAUAUGGUAAUUUGCACAAGGUUGUGAUUUCUGUGGCUAAUGUUUUAUUUGCAUCUGAAAUGGCACGAAGGAUAAUAGGAGCAUAUUUCAAAGCAAGACUUUUAUGUGUAGUUGAUAACACAUAUUAUUUCCUCCAAAACUAUAAAAGAAUGUGCCAUUUUUGUACAAAUUGAUUACCUUAUUAUUAAGUUUUCCAUUAUUGAUUUUCAUUCUUUCUCAUAUUACCAAAUAUAUGCAACUUUCCCAAGUAUUUAUUUUACGAUUACAAUCUCUCAAAGAGAGUGAUCUCUAGACAGACAAUGCAAAAUCCUUUUCACAAAGGAAGUAUAAUGUAUGACAGUGGCUGUCUCCAUUUGCCUGCUUUCACGGCAUAUAAGCAAAACAUGCUCUCUCUAGGAACAUAAGUCUUGUCAUGAGUGGCUGGUUUAUAUGUAUAAAGAAAAUUGUCUUUGCAUUUUAUGCGACAUGAAACAAAAGCAAAAA